AUGGCACCACCUACAUCUGUUCCCUUAGCUCUAUUUUAUCCUCCUCCUCUGUAUGGUGGCGACGAAGCUAGGGCAGCUAAUUCAUCAAGAUUACUUCUUUUGAAGAAAUCUUUGUCUGAAAUACUUGCUCGCUUUUACCCUUUUGCUGGUCGAAUCAAGAACAGCUCAAUUGAAUGCAACGACGAUGGGGUGCCUUUUUAUGAGGCUUUUGCUCAUAAUUAUCAGUUGGAAGACGUUCUUAAACAACCAGAUGUGGAUGUACAUUUCCUUCCUACUGUCGAAGACAACUCAUUAUUGUCCUAUAGUACAGUUCCAUUACUCGUACAAGUCACCAUUUUUGAAUGUGGAAGCAUGGCUAUUAGUACGCGUGUUUCUCACAAAAUUGCUGAUCGUGCCUCCUCGUGCGCCCUGAUCGAUGCCUGGGCAAUCACUACUCGAGUUGGCACCAAAUGUGCAGUUCCAGAAUUUGUUGCUGCUGCAAAAUUCUUGCCACCUCCUAAUCCUCGAGUUUUGCCUACAUUGCUUGAAUCACAAAAAAUCUCCUCAUGUGAUAAUAACCAACAUAUUAGUAAAAUCUUUGUCUUUGAUGCUUCUACUAUUGUAUCGCUCAAGGCUAAAGCCAUCAGCGAUGUAGUGCCAGUGCCAACACGCGUUGAAGUUGUUUCAGCUGUGAUAUGGAAAUGUGUCAUGGCCGCUACUUCAUCAGGGCCGACUGGGAGAAGGUCGUCAUACUUGAUUCAAAAUGUCAACAUGAGAAAGCGGUUCGUUCCUCCAAUGCCAAAACAUUGUGUAGGAAAUGUUGUUGCAGUUAGCGUAGCCCGUAAAGGUGAGAAUGACUGUUGUGAUUUGCCUACCUUGGUCUCUUGUAUAAGAAAAGGUUUAUUAGAACUGAGUUUCAAAUAUAAGAAUAAACAAGAACGAGAUGAGGCAAUUUUUGCCAUUCCCUACGACAGCAUGGAGCUCACGAGAGCAUUUAGGCGUCGAGAGGUAGAUAUAUACCUUAAUAGCUGGUGUGGUUACCAAUUUUAUGAUAUUGAUUUUGGUUGGGGAAAAUCUUCGUGGGUUAGUCCAAUUGAACGUCACAAAAAUGUUAUUUUCUUGAUGGAUUCAAAAGAUGGUGGUGGAAUAGACGCAUGGGUUUGUUUGAAGGACAAAGAAAUGGAAGUUUUUGAGCAUGAGCUUAAGCUGCUAGCAUUUGGAUUUGACAAAAAUUGA